AUUUCAUAUUAUGGCGGUUUUUGGUGUUACGUAGGUUUUAAUUUUAAUUUUUUGAGGUGGUUUUCCAAUUAAUAUUUUUUAAUGGCUAGCUCGGUUUUUAAAAUGAUUCAUUCUGAAAAAAGGAGUAAGAUUAGGGAUAUGAACGACGUAAGAACUAGAGCCUCAAAGAGGUUAAAAGAAUCCAGAAAAUCCCAGAGGGAUGCACUUCUCAACCUGCACCGACGUGUGGAAAUUAAACCUGAAGUGGAAAGAAAGAAGACCCUACAGGAGGAAACAUUGUUGCGUCUUAAAUCUUACAGGGAAGAAAAAUUAAAGCGAAUGGAGGAACAGAAAAAAAGUCAAAAACCUCCAUUUUAUAGCUUAGUGAGGGUUCGGCAUACAGGAGGAACUCCAUUUAAAACUAAACAACAGGCUAUUAAAAAUCUUGCUGUAACUCUUCCUCCUGCUACUAGGUCAAGAACUGCUUUUCAAAAGGAAUUUGUGUUCAAAGCAACACUGAACAGCAUAGAUCAAAAUGGUUCUAAGGAAAAGGAUGUAUUACCCAUAAAAUCAACUGUUAUAAGAUCAAAGAGAAACAACAAAGAAAAUCAGCAGCCAGCUAAGAAUAAUUUAAAAAUUACAACAAAAGCAGCAGUUGGGAGAGCGCCAUUGGUUAAGGAUGCUCCCCCUGUGGUGAAACGCAAGCCAGUUAUUGUUCCUACAACUACAAGUAGGUCAACGAGGCAAAAAGAAAUUCCAGCAAAAACAAUAACUACUAGACCAAGAAGACAAAGAGAGAUCAAAACAGACAUAACUAAUGUUGCUGUGUCAGUUGUUGAUAGUAUACAAAAACAGAAGAAUGAAGUCAUGAAAUCUAAAUCUGAUUUGAUUUCUAGAACAACAGUUUCUGUUGUUAAGAAAGGAAAAGAGAUCAAGUCUAAGAAUUCAAAUUCAAAGGAAUUCAAAAUUGAAGAAGAAGUAAACAAUCUUUUAGCGGAUAAACUUGCAGAACGUGUCUUCAUUAUGAGCCCUGUUAUUACCAGUGAUGUAUUAACACGAUCUACACGAAGGCGCCCUCGUCCAAGUACAGGAGACUUGAUGCCGUCUGGCAUAAAAACAGAAAAUGUCAGAGUAGAAAAAAAGAGAAGUGAAAAUAUAGAAACUCAAAAGAAAUCUGUAGAUGAAUCUGGUAAUAUCGGACCUGAAGCUUUAAGAGCUAAAUUAGAAGAAGAGACAUCAAGACUGAAUAGCACAGCGGAUACCUGGUCAAAACGUCAUGCAGAAGAUUGUAAUAGUAUUCCUGAGCAUGUGAAAGAUGAAAUAUUAGCUGUCGUUGGCCAAACAAGACUCCUUCUUUCUGAUAAAUUUCAACAGUUUAGAACAUUGAUUGACAAUGCACUUUCAGAACACAAAGAAUCUGUGGUAGUUAUAAAAGAUGAUGAUUUACUUGGCUUUUGGGAAAUGAUGUACCUUGAGGUGGAACAAUUAAAUAAGAAGUAUGAAAAUCUUGCCAGUUUAGCUGAGAAUGGAUGGUGCCCUUUGGAAAAACAGAAAAGAGUAAAUAAAACUAAGAAAAGAGUUAAUACAAAAAAAGCAGCAGCAUCUGCAUCUUCAAAAUUCAAAGAAUUUUUGAGAAAGAAAAAAGGAGAGGAAGCCUGCAAUGAAGAAUUUAAAAAUACUACUUUAUCAGUUCCUGAGACACCUGGAAAGAAAACUCCAUCCCUAAUGAGAACGUUAAACAAUGAACUGAGAAGCAGGAGAUCUUCAGCUUGUAACAUUACACUGCAAAACAGUUUCUUAGCAAAAGCAGUUUUGUCUCCAUUUGUCAAAUCUUGACUUGAGUUCGGAUCUCUAAUAAGUUAACUAUUUAAAGACAAUAAUUUUGUAUUUCUCAGGGUUUUUGAAAAUAUAUUUAUUGUUACAUGUAGUACAAAUUAUGUUAAAAGAUCACAAUUUUCCAUACUAAAUUAUAAAUUAUAUUUAAUUGUGUGCACAAAAAAUGUCUAAAUCAUGUAUUAUUGUAUGCAUGAACAUCCACCGAUACUGGUCAAAUGAUAUGUUUAUUAGUGUGUUUUACUAUCUUUAUCAUUUAAUAUUAUAAAUGGUUUAAUAUUUUAUGCUGUAUGAUGAAUGAUAAAGAUCAAUAAUUUAUUUUCUCCCCCUUAUUUAUAUCCUAUAAUUAUGAUUCAAUUGGUUAUUUUAAUAUAUUUACUUCUUUUCUUAGUUUUAAGAUAGUUUAAUUUUUGGUUUUAAGACGAGAACAGUUGUUAACUAUGCCUAACUUUUAUUUUUAAUAAAAUAUAAAAAAAAUAUAACUUUAAACAUAGAUGAAUCAUUUAUUGUAUUAUAUACUCAUAUGUUCGACAGUGAAUAAAAGAAAAUAGAAACUAAGUGUAUUUUAUAAAAUUUUAUAACUGUUAAGUUCCCAU